GGUAACCGAUCUAAAACACCGAGUAAAUAAAAGCUAAAAAAGAGGAUAUAAAAAAGGAAGAAGAAAAAACCGACCAAAAAGAUAAAAGAGGAAAGCAAGAAACCCAUAUUAGGCGGUCACCGAUAAGUCAAAAAAGCAGAAAAGCAGAGUAAAAAAUUUUCUGGUUGGUUUCCCGGCAAAGCACUUGACGUCCAUUAGAAUGGCAUGCUAUAAAUAGUUGUAGAGGGCCAGACCAAGACCAACAAAUAUAUUAUUCUCCUACAUUCUCUCUUCCUCUGUUCCCUCAAAAUAUUGAAAUUCCAACUACCCCAUUUGAUUUUUCUUUGAAUCUUCUUCUUCUUCCUUUGAUCCGUUUUUCCUUUGAAUCUGAACAUAAGUCUCAAGGUGUUUGAUGUUUUGCGUCAAAAAGGGAACUUUCUUGAGCAAGACGGCAUUUGUUUUGUACUUUUGAUAGGUUCUGGACAAGGAAGAAAGGAAAGUUGGAAGCUUUUUUUCUUUGUUGUGUGUUCGGAGUUGUUGGGGUUGGGGAGAUGGAGCAGAAGAAGAUAUUGUUGUCUGCGUUGAGUGUUGGUGUGGGUGUUGGGAUUGGGUUGGCUUCUGGACAAACCGUGAGCAAAUGGGCAGGAGGGUCUUCCUCAAUUGAUGGAAUCACGGGGAUGCAGAUUGAGCAGGAGUUGAUGAAACAGAUUGUGGAUGGGAGAGAGAUCAAUGUCACCUUCGAUGAUUUUCCUUAUUAUAUCAGUGAGAGAACUCGGGAGUUAUUGACAAGUGCUGCAUUUGUCCAUAUAAAACACACUGAUGUUUCAAAGCACAUCCGGAACCUUUCCCCUGCUGGUAGAGCUAUUUUGCUCUCCGGACCUGCUGAACUUUACCAGCAAAUGCUUGCCAAAGCCUUAGCACAUGACUUUGAAUCAAAGCUGCUAUUGUUGGAUAUCACAGACUUUUCUUUAAAGAUGCAGAGCAAAUAUGGUUGCACAAAGAAAGAACCUUCUUUCAAGAGGUCCAUCUCAGAGGUGACGCUGGAAAAGAUGAGCAGUUUAUUAGGUUCAUUACCAUUCCUUCCCCCAAGGGAAGAAGCAAAAGGAACGUUACAUAGGCAGAGCAGUGGUGUUGAUGUUAGGUCAAGGGCUAUGGAAUGUUCUAGCAGUGCUCCAAAACAUCGUAGAAAUAUCUCUGCAGCAUCUGAUAUUAGUAGCAUCUCUUCCCUUUCUGCUUCCUCAAAUCCAGCCUCUCACAAGCUCACUAGCAGCUGGUGCUUUGAUGAGAAACUCUUUCUGCAGUCACUCUACAAGGUACUGGUUUCAGUAUCAGAAACCAAGCCUAUUAUCUUGUAUCUGAGGGAUGUUGAGAAACUCCUCCUCCAAUCUCAACGGUUCUAUGAUUUGUUUCACAAACUGUUGAAUAAGCUUUCUGGCCCAGUGCUGAUACUCGGUUCUAGGAUGUGGGAACCAGAAGAUGACUGCAGAGAACUGGAUGAGAGGCUCUCCCUUUUGUUCCCAUACAACAUUGAGAUAAAAGCACCUGAAGAUGAAACUCAUCUUGAUAGCUGGAAAGCCCAACUGGAAGAGGAAAUGAAGACGCUUCAAUUUCAGGAUAACAGAAACCAUAUUGCCGAGGUACUUGCAGCAAAUGAUCUUGACUGUGAUGAUUUGGAUACAAUCUGUCAAGCAGACACAAUGGUCCUGAGUAAUUACAUUCAAGAAAUUGUGGUAUCAGCAAUAUCAUAUCAUCUGAUGAAAAAUAAGGAUCCAGAAUACCGAAAUGGCAAGCUUGUCAUAUCAUCGAAGAGCUUGUCCCGUGGAUUGAGUAUCUUCCAGGAAGGCAAAAGUGAUGGGAAGGAUACCCUAAAGCUGGAGACAAAUGCUGAACCCAGCAAGGAAGGUGAAACAGUUGGUGCAAGGACUGAAUCAAAAGCUGAAACCUCAGCAUCAGAAAACAAAACUGAAAAUGAUAAGUCAGUUCCUGCCAUAAAGAAAGAUGGCGAGAAUCUACCCCCAGCAAAAGCACCUGAAGUUCCUCCUGAUAAUGAAUUUGAGAAACGCAUAAGGCCAGAGGUUAUCCCUGCAAAUGAGAUUGGGGUAACAUUUGCUGAUAUUGGUGCAUUGGAUGAGAUCAAAGAAUCACUUCAAGAGGUAGUCAUGCUCCCUCUUCGAAGACCUGAUCUUUUCAAAGGUGGGCUUCUAAAGCCUUGCAAAGGUAUCUUGCUAUUUGGGCCUCCUGGCACUGGAAAAACAAUGCUUGCAAAAGCCAUAGCAAAUGAAGCAGGAGCAAGUUUCAUCAAUGUCUCAAUGUCCACCAUCACCUCAAAAUGGUUUGGAGAAGAUGAGAAGAAUGUAAGAGCUUUAUUUACACUUGCAGCAAAGGUUUCACCAACUAUUAUAUUUGUGGAUGAGGUUGAUAGCAUGCUGGGGCAGCGGACUAGAGCUGGGGAGCAUGAGGCCAUGCGGAAAAUUAAGAAUGAAUUCAUGACUCAUUGGGAUGGGCUCUUGACCAAACCCGGUGAGCGAAUUCUGGUUCUUGCUGCAACCAACAGGCCAUUUGACCUUGAUGAAGCAAUUAUCAGGCGGUUUGAGCGCAGAAUUAUGGUUGGUCUCCCAUCUGUUGAGAGCAGAGAAAAAAUCUUGAGAACACUGUUGGUCAAAGAGACAGUUGAAGGUCUAGAUUUUAAGGAGCUUGCAGCCAUGACUGAAGGAUUUAGUGGAAGUGAUCUUAAGAACUUGUGUGUCACAGCAGCAUAUCGACCUGUCAGGGAAUUGAUACAGCAGGAGAGAUUGAAGGAUAUGGAACGGAAGAAAGCAGAGGAAGCAGGCAAGAACGUGGAAGGUACCUCAGAAACAAAAGAAGACAGUAAGGAGGAGCGUGAUAUAAUUCUGAGGCCUUUAAACAUGGAAGAUAUGAGACAAGCAAAGAACCAGGUUGCCGCAAGCUUUGCUGCAGAGGGAUCAGUAAUGGCCGAGCUGAAACAGUGGAAUGACUUAUUUGGUGAAGGAGGUUCAAGGAAGAAGCAACAGUUAACUUACUUCCUUUAGAUUGCAGCAAAUAUGCAUCAAAAGAAUAUUCUCUACCUACCGAAGGAUGUGAAAGUUGGUGAAGCCAAAAUGCCCUUAAACAUAAUUUAAAUAGUCCAUGCAUGCAUUCGGUUGCAUUGAGUAGAAAAAGCUCUGCACAUUGGAUCCUCAGAGAAAUGCUUGAAAAACCAGAUGCUUUAGAGAGGGGUUUUCGCUUUUACAGUGAUUAUUAGUCCAUUCCAUAAACCAUUUCACCACCAGUGUUCGGAUAGUUAAUUUGCUUAUGUACUAUAUGUGAAUGUGUGGUAUUUGGAAUUUGGAAAUGCCUGUGAGGUUGAGAAUGCGGGGACAAUUUUACUUUGUUUGAGAAUGGGAAUCUAUAGUAGCAUUUGUAGAUUGGAAUUGUGUAGUCCUAGUAGCAUGGCAUUUUUAACUUUUGCAGAAUAAGUUAAGUAAAGGCCAAGGUUAGUUUAAAAAGUCUUCUUGUCUGUCAUAUAUCCAUUAAGGCCCUUGUCUGUUUUCGGCCUGAAAUGAGUCAUGUGAUACCGUUCUUAUGGAUCCUACCAAAAGAAUGAGUUAGGUACACUAUCAAAUAAGCUUUUACAUCUCUU